AUGCAAUAUCUGUUAUUUGGUCAGUUUAAUCUUUCAAUUCAAAAUUUGAGAGGUCAAGGGUACGAUGGUGCUAGUAAUAUACGCGGCGAAUGGAAUGGACUACAAUCAUUAUUUCUUAAAGAUUGCCCAUUUGCUUAUUAUGCCCAUUGCUUUGCUCAUCGAUUACAACUAGCAUUAGUUGCAGCAGCAAAAGAUGAGAUGAAUAUUUGGCAAUUUUUCUCUCACCUAACUUGUAUUGUCAAUCUUGUUGCUUCCACUCCUAAGCGUCUUGUUGAAUUAAAAUCUUUUCAAAUGGAUGAGAUUGCACGUAUGUUGAGCACAGGUGAACGUAAAUCUGGUAAAGGGGUUAAUCAGAUUGGCACCUUGCAUCGAGCUGGAGUUCCUCGUUGGAGCUCACAUUACGAUUUUGUGAAGGAUUUGAUUGAUAUAUAUACUACAUCCUGCAGAGUUGUUGAAAGUCUUAGAAAGGGUGGACGAAGUCAACAGAUACGUGGGCAAGCUUCAGGUAUUUACAAGGUAAUGAGAAACUUUGAAUUCAUAUUUAUUUUACACCUAAUGAAUAACAUUAUGGGAUUCACUGACACACUUUGCCAGGCCUUGCAAUGCAAAUCUCAAGACAUUCUAAAUGUUUUGAAAUUAGUCUCAUCAACUAAAAAUCUCCUUAAAAAAUUCAGAGAAGAUAAUUGGGAUAUUUUCCUUGCCAAUGUGGUGUCAUUUUGCAAUCGACAUAACAUUGAUAUACCUGAUUUGAGUUCUCGUUAUGUUAAGGGUACGGGUCUUCAUGGCCAGCAACAAGAUCAUAUUACAGUUGAGCACCAUUAUAACUUUGACAUUUUCAACUCUGCAAUAGAUUUACAGUUAAUGGAGUUAGAACAUAGAUUUAACAAUGAAGUAGUGGAACUUCUUACUCUUAGCUCGGCUUUGGAUCCUAGUCAUUCUUUUAAAUCUUUUAACGUGGAAGAGAUAUGCAAUCUUGCUAAGAAAUUCUAUCCUUGGGAAUUCACUGGUCAAGAUGUUAAAACAUUGAAGUUUCAGUUGAUCCAUUAUCAACUUGAUAUAUCUAGUGAUCCUGAGUUUCAGAAUAUUUCUUCUCUUACUGAUUUAAGUCGAGAACUAGUUGUAAGCAAGAAGUUUGACUACUACCCUUUGGUUGACAGAUUGAUUCGUCUUGUGUUGACUCUUCCUAUUUCUAUAGCAACUACGGAGAGAGUAUUUUCAGGCAUGAAACGUGUUAAAACAGCGAUGCGUAGCAAGAUUGGAGAUGAAUUUUUUGUUGACUACAUGACCAUCAAUCUUGAACGAAAGCUUGUUUGGAAAAUUGAUUUAGAGUUUAUUAUUGACAAAUUCGAUUCUUUAAAGACUCGUCGAGCACAACUUAGAUAA